AGGCCCGCCGCGCGGGCGGCGCAUGGACGGACCGCCCUUGCUCUGGGCGACGUUCGCGGCCGCCUGGAGUGCGACGCUGGGCGCCUGCUGGUCGAGGGGGCGGGCGACGCCCGUGGCCUCCGGCUGGCGCCCGCCGCCGCCGCCAUCUUGCGGCGCGGAGGAAGGCUGCCCCUGCUCUUGUGACCUGGAGCUCCGACGCAUCAUCGACCUCCAGGGCGAGGUCGUGAACCUCCAGGCGGAGGUCCCGAUGCUCCGGUGCCUGCUGCUCGUUGGGCUGCUGACGCUCGGCCUGGCGACCUCCAGCGCUGGGGCGCUGGGGUUCCUGGCUGGCUGGCGUCGGCGCAACCGCUGCGGUGGGCGCGGACGUGGGCCCGAGAGGAACCCAAGGCGCGGGGAGCCGGCGGCGGCCUCGCCAGAGCCCCGGCCGCCGCCAGCGGCUCCCGUGGGGGCGACGCCGCGCCGAGCACCCCGAGCCGACGCCAUGGCUGACACUUUCGCCCUGGACAUCGCGGACUCGCAGGUCCUCAUGAGGUACGAACGCGGCCUUCGAGGGUUCCACUGGCAUCGCAGGGCGCUCCUGAUCCGCGUGGACGGGGACAUCAGGAUCGCGCUGACCCCGGACCUCGGGCUCGGGGCGGUCAUGCUGCUGGACGCCCGGCACGGGAUGCUAGAAAGGCGGGCGCCGUUCCCAGCGCACUUGGCCUGCCAGGUCUACGCCCGCGACCCGAUCGAGGACGCGGCGUCGGCCAGCUACCAACGCAGGGCGAGGAUGCAGGGCCAGCUGCUGGGGAUCGGCCAGGUCGGCGCGGUGGAUCGGACGGUCCAGGUGAUCGCGGAGGCACGUUCCGUGAGGUUCUGUGAGGUCGUGGACGCGGCUCUGAUGGACGACGACGCCUUCGGCGCCCGCGUCGACACGAAAGACGCGGCGGCGCUGGACGGCGGGGGGUUCCUGGUGCAGAAGAACGCGGCGAGCGGCCUGACGGACUUCAAGGAGGGGGCGGUGACCGGCCUCGGCGACAUCCACGCGCUCGGCGACCACGCGGGCGACACGGGGCAGAGUGUCCUCCACCUGACGGAGACGGACGCCCUCUGGCGCGACACCGAGCAGAGGGGCGUCCUCUUAGCCGACGUCAGGAGCGCGAGGGCGCUCCUGGACCACGUCGGGGCAGGGCCGGGCAACAUGACCUCGUACCGAUCGGAGUGGGAGCGCCUCAGCGGCGUAGGCAAGUGGUCGGCCGUCGACCACGUGCAUCGAUGCAGGUGCGAGGUGAUCCGUCGCAUGCGCCCCUGGGACCCAGUCGACCUCUCGAUGAUGGCGUCGGCCGGGUCGGUCGCGCGCUGGCUGACCCAGACGAUGAUAGCGGUGGAACGGACCCCUCGGCUCCCCGACUACAGUGGCCUCGACGUAUGGUUGUCCACGCCGGUCAACGCCGUGAGUCGCGCCUCGACCUCGAGGUUCAUCUCGUGGAUCACCGACCGCCUCAGGGAAAGGACCGCCAUCAUGAAGCAAGAGCGGCUCUAUCGUGGGGGGCGGACGCAGACGAGGAAGGGCGACGGCGAGAAGGGCGGGGAGGGCGACGGCAAGGGCCCGAGGACGAAGAAGAAGGGGAAGGAUGGCCCCCCCGCAGCCGACAUCUACGCGGGCUCGCCACCUCCGCGUCCGGAGGGGUCAGGGCGCGAGACCGACGGCAUGGAGAUCCGUUCCCUCUGCCUCGAGAUGCCGCUGCCCUCGGCGAUGCAUGGGCCCCUCCGACCCGCCGCCGUGCAGCGCUGGAUGCUCCAGAACGUCGCCCGGCGGGUCGAGGCGUACGGGGAUCGCCCUGCUGACCUCGCCGAGGAGUCAUCCCUGUCGGAGAUCCUCGACUCCAGAGACCACUGCGGCAUGGAGCCCAAGAACUUGGCCUGCUUCGAGUUUGACAAGGUCAAGAACCUGCAUCGGAAGGUUCACGUGCGGCCCAUUCGCCGCGAGCUCCCUCCUGCAGCGCUUGGCUACCUCAGACACUCAGCCGAUCUGAUCGAGAUGGAUGAGGCGGAGCUUGAGAAGGGCUUGCUGACUUGGCGCCGGCGGCUGAAGAGGCGCGCGGGCAUCUUCGUGGUCGAGAAGAAGGAUGGGCCCCAGAGGCUGAUCAUCGACGCCCGAGCGGCCAAUCGGGCACGUCGCCCGCCGCCCACCACGCGACUUGGGUCCUCGCGCUGUAUGGCCGACCUGGACCUCUCCGUCCCCAGGCUGAAGGCCUCCGGCUUCGGCGGCCUCGGCUCGGGGCCCGCGGCGAGCCCGCGCGGGGAGGAGGGCGACGUCGGGGGCUGCUUCUAUAACUACACAGUCCCCGAGCUCGCCUCCUGGUUCGGCUUCGAGGACCACUUCGACACCUACGAGCUGGAGGACAUGGAGUGCCGGCCCGCCAUGAUCUGGGGCGACGCCGAGGGGGCGGAGACCAAGGUCGUGGACGGCGAGGUGCUCUACCCGUGCAUGGCCGCUGUCUGCGUGGGCUGGUCGUGGGCCCUCUUCUUCGCCAACGAAGCCGUCACCUACCGUGUUGAGCGCACUUUGGACGGAGGGGCUGACCAGAUCAUGCGGGAGAUGCAGCCGGCUCCAGUUUUGAAGCCUGGCAAGUGCGUGGCCGGCGUGUACGUGGACAACGCGCAGGUCAUGGGUGGCUGCGCGGGUGACGCCGGGAAGCAGAUGCAUGAGAUUGAGAAGAGUUUUUGUGAAGAUAACAUGCCUUUCGACGUGGGGCCUCGCGACGGUUUCGAGAUGCAGUCGCUGGGCCUGGUGCGCCAUUGGCGCGACCGACGGCUACGACAUGUUUCCCGCCGCGUCUGGUGGACCCACCUGGCCGGCCAUGCCCUGCUGCGCCGUCGCAAACUGCACGGGCACAUUCUGCAGUGCUGGCUCGGCCACGUGGUGAACUUGAACCAGCUGUGCCCGGAGGCCAUGUCCGCGCUGAACGCCUGCUACCGCUUCAUCGAGGAGGCCUUGGAGGCCGACCUGGGCACCACCUUCUCCAACGAGGUCUACUGCGGCGACUCCUCCACCCGGGGCUACGCCCUCCACGUGACGAAGGCGGAGCCCAGCGAGUUGCGCGAGGCCUGGAGGUGGAGAGAGCGUUGGCGCUACCGCGACAUCCCCGUGCAGGAGGGCCACAUGACCGACGGCCUCAGCUACGCGCGGGGCGACGCGCCCGGCCUCUCGGCUGGGCCGCGCGCGGCCUUCGGCCAGGCCCUUCGGGCCCGUGCCGACGACCUGCGCCUCGGGUCACCUUCGGCGGCCGCGCCGCCGCGGCGCCCUCGAGUCAAGAUCGACCUGGGCGCGGGGAUCUCCCGCCUGGCCGACGGCUGGACUGGGCGCCAUCGCUGCCAGCUCGUCGCGGCGGACCGCUGGCGCUGGCAGGAGGAGCACAUCAAUCUGAAGGGGGCCCGGGUGGCUUUGAUGGGCCCACGGCGUCGCUGCCGCACGGUGGGACGGCUGGGCUCGAAGCUGCUCACCCUCAGCGACAGCCAGGUGACCGUGGGGGCCUAUGAGAAGGGCCGCUCCAGUGCAGGGCUGCAGUCGCUGUGUCGGCGAGCGGCAGCCUACCGCCUCGGCGGCCAGAUCGCAUGGCGGCUCCGCUACAUCGAGACGGAUCGGAACCCUAGCGACCAGGACUCGCGCCGCUGGGACACCAAGCGCUCGGCGGGGGCGGAGCACUCGUCGGGCGAGCUGGGC